AAAUACUCAACAUUGACUUCCCUCUAUAAAUAGAUCUCUUCCCUCUAGUCACCCUCUCAUUACAAGUCACAAAAGAGUGUCUAUAAGCAAAGACAUAUACAGAUUAUUUUUAUUGUAUAGAAGAGAGACAAAUGGGAAAGGGAAAGAGGCUAACAAAGACAUUACUCUUUGAGUGUCUGAUAAUUCUAAUAAUAGUGUGUGACAUGAUCAUUUUGCCUAGUUCAGGUUGUCCUACAGAUGGUGAUGGAUGCAAAAAUUGCAUUGUAAAUCACAUGAAAAUCGACUGUCCAAAAUGCGCGCCUAUGAUGCGUUGCAUGGCCAAGUGUUUGUGGUGUGGAACAUCGCGUUCCAAAUGCAUAAGCAAGUGUGAUUGCAAAGGUACCUACCCAAGGCUUUCAGAUUGCAAGAAUUGUUUGUCACAAUGCAAAUGUAGUUGCAGCUCUGUGUAAAAUAUGUCUCAUUUUGCAUAUGUAAGUUCUAUGUUGUAUCAAGUCAUGUAGAGAAAUCAAGAGAAAAAGGUUGUUUGGAGGGACUAGUUUGUCAUGUUAUAUGAUGUGAGAAGUGAAAUGAGCAGCUACUGUAUCAAUAAUAAGAACUUAUUUUAUUUCAUUGAAAUGAAUUGCACAUGCUUUGUUA